CUACCCCCUACCCUCAUUGGCCUGAAGACAUUGUACCCAGAGUUUGCCUUACUCCCCUGGUGCUAUGUGUAUGGUAAACCUGGUACUAUGGCCGCAUCUCGGACUGGCCAGACAACUGCUGCUGGUUCUCCCUAUUCCAAGAAGGAUUUAAAGGGGAAUUGCACUGCAGGCAAUGCACCAGAGCAGCAGCAUCGGGAGCUUGGGGACUAAGGCUCCUCGGGCAUUAUUACAGACACACAGAGCUGACCGCAAUGACAGCAGCUGCUCCUUUGAACUGUUGGCAGCAGCCAAGCGGCAGCAUGAAGUGAGAGAUCACUCCUGAGCUCAAGAUGAACUCUACCUUGGAUGGUAAUCAGAGCAGCCACCCUUUUUGCCUCUUGGCAUUUGGCUAUUUGGAAACUGUCAAUUUUUGCCUUUUGGAAGUAUUGAUUAUUGUCUUUCUAACUGUGUUGAUUAUUUCUGGCAACAUUAUUGUGAUUUUUGUAUUUCACUGUGCACCUUUGUUGAACCACCAUACUACAAGUUAUUUUAUCCAGACUAUGGCAUAUGCUGACCUCUUGGUUGGAGUAAGCUGCCUGGUCCCUUCUUUAUCACUCCUCCACUACCCACUUCCAGUAGAGGAGUCCUUGACUUGCCAGGUAUUUGGUUUUGUAGUAUCAGUUCUGAAGAGUGUCUCCAUGGCCUCUCUGGCCUGUAUCAGCAUCGAUAGAUAUAUUGCCAUCACUAAGCCUCUAACCUAUAAUACCCUGGUUACGCCCUGGAGACUGCGUCUGUGUAUUUUCCUGAUUUGGCUAUACUCCACCCUGGUCUUCCUGCCUUCCUUUUUCCACUGGGGCAAACCUGGAUAUCAUGGAGAUGUGUUUCAGUGGUGUGCGGAGUCCUGGCACACCGACCCCUACUUCACCCUGUUCAUCGUGAUGAUGUUAUAUGCCCCAGCAGCCCUCAUUGUGUGCUUCACCUAUUUCAACAUCUUCCGCAUCUGCCAACAGCACACAAAGGAAAUCAGCGAAAGGCAAGCCCGCUUCAGCAGCCAGAGUGGGGAGACUGGGGAGGUGCAGGCUUGUCCUGAUAAGCGCUAUGCUAUGGUCCUGUUCCGAAUUACUAGUGUAUUUUACAUCCUCUGGUUGCCAUACAUCAUCUACUUCUUACUGGAGAGCUCCACUGGCCACGGCAACCGCUUCGCAUCCUUCUUGACCACCUGGCUUGCUAUUAGUAAUAGUUUCUGCAACUGUGUCAUUUAUAGUCUUUCCAACAGUGUCUUCCAAAGGGGACUAAAGCGCCUCUCAGGGGCCAUGUGUACUUCUUGUGCAAGUCAGAUGAUAGCUAAGGACCCUUACACAGUUAGGAGCAAAGGCCCCCUUAAUGGAUUUCAUGUCUGAAGUGGUUCAGAUAUUGGGUCACUCUGUGUGUGUGUGUGUGUGUGUGUGUGUGUGUGUGUGUGUGUGUGUGUGUUUCCUUUUUAUCUUUUUGUAUUUCUAGUUCACUGGGAAAUAUGGGACAAAAUAGUUUGACUCUAAGCAAUAGUUAACAAAUGAUCCAUCCAAAAUACCUUUUAAGU